GCGCAUGCGCGCUUUUCGUGCUCCCCUCGACUUCCGCUGAGAGGAAGGCGCUGUUUAUCACCGCGACGCUCGGCAGCGCGAGGCAGAGAAUGACCGCAGCCGCGGGCUUGUGAGACGCUCGCUGACCGAUCCGACUUCACGAUGUCCAGCGGCGGCUUCGCGUCACAGAACGGCGCCGGAGGCUCGUACGCGAACGGUCCGUCACAGAGCCCCGUUGGUGUUUUCCCGUCUAAUCAGGGCUUCAUGGCUCCGCCGCAGCCGGGCUUCAUGAACAACCUGCCGAGCAAAGGCCCACCGCCGGCCAUCUACUCCCAGCAGCCUCAGCCCGCGGGGAACCAUCCCAGCAUGCACCGCAGCACACCGCCGCACGCUAACUCUGUGAACCACGCUCCUCCUGCGCUGAAUGUGAUGGCUCCCCCUCAGACGUUUGGUCCUCCUCUUCCUCCUCCUGCGGCCGUGAGAGGAACACCUCCUCCUGCACACAGCGACGGAGUGUAUCCCGCUCACCCCGGACACAUGCACCGGCCGCUGGCCAGCUCUUACCCCUCAUUACAGCCGGCCUAUCAGAGCGUGUCCGGCGCGCAGACGCCGCCUCCUGCGCAGACGCAGCCGCAGCUCUACCCGCAGAUGCCUCCUCCUGCGCAGACGCAGCCGCAGACGCAGCUCUACCCGCAGAUGCCUCCUCCUGCGCAGACGCAGCUCUAUUCGCAGACGCAGCCACAGCCGCAGAUGCAGCUCUAUCCGCAGCCGUCUGCAGCCGCGGCUCAGCUGAGCCACUCGUUAGCGUCGUUAAGCCUGCAGUCUCAGCCUCCGGAGGCUCUGAGGGUCGUGAACCUGCUGCAGGAGCGCAGCCUCCUUCCUCCGGGAUGCGUGCCGCCGCCGGUGCCCUGUCUGCCCCACGACCUGCAGAAGCUCAACUGCAGCCCAGAGGUGUUCCGCUGUACUCUGACCAGCAUCCCGCAGACGCAGUCUCUGCUGAACAAGGCCAAGCUUCCCCUCGGCCUGCUGCUGCACCCCUUUAAAGACCUCUCUCAACUGCCUGUGGUGACGUCCAGUAAUAUCGUCCGCUGCCGCUCCUGUCGGACGUACAUCAACCCGUUUGUGACCUUCAUGGACGCUAGAAGAUGGAAGUGCAACCUGUGUCACCGAGUCAAUGAUGUUCCAGAGGAGUUCAUGUAUAAUCCGGUCAGCAGAUCGUAUGGAGCGCCUCACAAAAGACCAGAGGUGCAGAACGCCACCAUCGAGUUCAUCGCUCCGUCAGAAUACAUGCUGAGGCCGCCGCAGCCCGCCGUUUACCUCUUCCUCCUGGACGUGUCUCAUAACGCGCUGGAGACCGGAUAUCUGGACGUCGUCUGUCAGACGCUCCUGGACAACCUCGACUCGCUUCCCGGAGACACUCGGACGAAGAUCGGCUUCAUCACGUUCGACAGCACCAUCCAUUUCUACAACCUGCAGGAAGGCCUGUCGCAGCCUCAGAUGCUCGUCGUGUCAGACAUCGACGAUGUGUUCUUACCGACGCCGGACAGCCUUCUGGUCAACCUGAGCGAAUGCAGAGAGCUGGUGCAGGAUCUGCUGGCGAGUCUGCCGCAGAUGUUCAGUAAGACGAUGGAGACGCAGUCUGCUCUGGGUCCGGCGCUGCAGGCCGCCUUCAAGCUGCUGUCUCCCACCGGCGGACGCAUGUCUGUGUUCCAGACGCAGCUGCCAACCAUCGGCAUCGGCGCGCUCAAACCCAGAGAAGAGCCCAGCCAGAAAGCCAACGCCAAGGACGUGCAGCAUCUCAGUCCUGCGACGGACUUCUAUAAGAAGCUGGCUCUGGACUGCUCCGGUCAUCAUGUGGCGGUGGAUCUGUUCCUGCUGAGCGCGCAGUACUCUGACCUGUCCUCUCUGGGCUGUAUAUCCAGAUACUCGGCCGGAAGCGUCUAUUUCUACCCUUCAUACCACAAGCAGCACAACCCGCCUCAGACGGAGCGUCUCCUGAAAGACCUGAAGAGGUACCUGACGCGCAAGAUCGGCUUCGAGGCCGUCAUGAGGAUCCGCUGCACUAAAGGUCUGUCCAUACACACCUUCCACGGGAACUUCUUCGUGCGCUCCACUGACCUGCUGUCUCUGGCCAACGUGAACCCCGACGCCGGCUUCGCCGUGCAGAUGAGCAUCGAGGAGAACCUGCUGGACCAGCAGGCCGUGUCCUUCCAGGCCGCGCUGCUCUACACCUCCAGCAAAGGAGAGCGGCGGAUCCGUGUGCACACGCUGUGUCUGCCCGUGGUCAAUUCUCUGUCGGACAUCUUCGCUGGAACAGACGUCCAGGCCAUCACGGCUCUUCUGGCCAGCAUGGCCGUGGAUCGCUGUGUGACGGCGAGUCUGAGUGACGCUCGGGACGCUCUGAUCAAUGCUGCGAUCGACUCUCUGGCAUCCUACCGCUCCUCAGUGCUGACCGUCCCUCAGCCCGGCCUGCUGGCCCCAGCCUGCCUGCGCCUGCUCCCGCUCUACAUCCUGGCCCUGCUCAAACACAAAGCCUUCCGGACGAGCGGCGGCCGGCUGGACGAGCGUGUGUUUGCCAUGUGUCAGCUGAAGCAGCAGCCGCUGGUCUUCCUCCUGAUGAUGGUGCAUCCGGGCCUGUACCGCGUCGACCAGCUCACGGACGAGGGCGCUCUGAACAUCAACGAUCGCACGAUUCCUCAGCCCAGAGCUCUGCAGCUGUCCGUGGAGAAACUGAGCAGAGACGCAGCGUUCCUCAUGGACUGCGGCACCGUCAUGUAUCUGUGGGUCGGGAGAAACUGCAGCCCGGAGUUCCUCACAGAAGUGCUGGGAGUGGACAGCUACGCCGCCGUUCCUCUCGACAUGAUCCAGCUUCCAGAGCUGGACACGGCCCAAUCUUCACGCCUGCGAGUGUUCGUCGACUGGCUGAGAGAACGCCGGCCGUUCCACACCGUCCUGCACGUCAUCAGAGACGAGUCUCCGCUCAAGGCCGAGUUCAUGCAGAACAUGAUCGAGGAUCUCAGUGAAUCCGCUCUCUCUUACUACGAGUUCCUGCUGCAUCUACAACAGCAGAUCUCCAAGUGAUCCCACAAUGCCCGGCUGGAGCCAGACGCAAACCUGCUGUCAAUAAAGUCCCGUCGGUGUCCCACUGCAGCUGUUUGUGAGGAGUGACACACGGGUGACGUCACGGUCACACGGCGCUCUGAGCGCAGGUCCCUUCUAAUUUAUUGCCUUUUACUAAAAAAACGAAAAUGUAGGAAAAUGGUUUCUUAUGAAUUUCUUACGACCUUUAUAAUUAGUGCUACCCAAGAGUUAGCGCUUUAUAAUUAGUGUGGUUAUUGUCACAGGUUUAUCUGUUCGAUCUUCAGGUUUGUCUGUAUUCGUCAGUCAUUGUUUUAAUUGAUGAGGAAGGCAAUGCAGUUGAAUUCAAUAUCUGCCUUAAGUGGGACUCAUGCAAAUGUUCUCUGAGAAGAAAUGCUUUGUAAGUAUGUGACGUUUUACACGACGCUCGACCCUGUGAUCUUUACACAUUAUAGAAACAUGUACAUUGAUAAACCUAUAUUAUAUUCAGAAGAUUGUUAAUUUUAGUAAAAACAUUAUUCAGAUGAUGCGAGACGAUAAAACAAACUGCUUAGGACUUUAAUGUUAUAAUUUUUUCCACGAAGAGAGAUUUUUAAGAACGGGCUAAAUCUACAAAAGCUUUAGGUGAAGGUGAUCAGCUACAGAGACGUGCUUAAAGCUUGAAAUAUAAUCCUAAAUACAGAGAUUUCUCUGCUACUAAUAGAGAUUUAUGUUGAAUGGCAGGUUGUGAAUGCAGAACUGAUGAAGGUAGGAGUAACACAAUAAUCUGAGCAAUCUUCAGUCUUGAUUCUGUUGCAUAAUCAAAUCCAACAUUCAGAGGGAUAUUUUUUUAUAUUUAAAAAAAUCCUUGUUUCCUCUGCGGUUGUUCAGCUCAUUUUAGCACACAUGACAACUGUGUUUUUGAGAAAUGAUUUGUAAAUUCUCUGCAAUUUUGUACAUGUGAACUUUAUAAAUGAAUGAAGUCAUUAAAGAGGAAAUGUCGUGUGA